GUCAAUGAUAAUCACAUUAAUAAUUACACUCCUUUGCCUUCUAAUACAAUUAAAUGCUCGAAUAAAUGAUGGAAUAUUUCCACAAGAAAUUACAAUUGAAGAAAAAUUUGAACAAAUUAAAUGGAAUAAAACAAAAAAUAUUUUUAUUUCAAAAAAUUCAAUAGAAAAUACCCAAAAAUGCCUUAAACGCCAUUUUUCUGCCGAUUCUUUUGUUUGUGUAUGCAACAGCAUUUACUGUGAUCAACCUGAGGAAAUUGGAAAAUUUACUGGAGAAAAUGCUUUUAUUUAUCAAACAGAUCCCAUAAAACAACGUUUAAAUAAAAAAGAAUUAAAAAUCAUUAAAAGAAAAAAUAAUGGAAUUAAAUUAGAAUUGGAGAAUACAGGUGAAAUCUAA